UUUCUGUGUGCAACAUCGCUUUACAAUACAUCGUCAUUGUUUUUGUGCGCGACGCGAACAAACCAAAAAAAAAAUAAUAAGAAGAAGAGAAGAUAAACCAAGUACAUUGAUUUCGCAUUCGAUCACCUAGCCAUAUCUAGAAAACACAGAACAAUUACAAGAUACUUGAUAAUCAUCGCAACACAAAGAAUCAGUGAAACGAAAUUAAUUCAGUGAAAUACAAGAAAAAUAAAAAUAAACGAAAAAGUGGAUUUAAGCGGACAAAAAAAGAAGAAAAAAAAGCAAAAAUCUAUCAUUCAUCAGCAAAGAAGAAAAUAAAUAAAUAAAGCAAGCUGAGCCAGCUAAAUAUACAAUGCAAACGCGUUUCGACACGCAGCUCACAAGGUUUGCAAUUGAAGAAAACACGACGACGACGACAAGCCGAUUAGCUCAACAGCGACUGACUAUAUUGCCAAUUCAAAUUCGAAUUUCAAGGCAAAACGAAAAAGCAAAAUCGAUGUGACAGGGUAUAAAAAUCGAAAGCGCCAGAUUCCACGAACGUGUGCUCCAUCACUUUAACGCUGGUGCACACAAACAUUUCGAUCUAUUGAAAUAGAACAACAAAAGAACCCAAAAACGAACGAACGAACGAACGGGCGAAGGGGACAGGAAAUGAAACGGAAAGAACAAAUAUUAAAUGUGAUGUGGAUGCGCGCUGAAACAUUAAACUGAAUUGUGUUCCUGCGACAAAACAAUAGCGAAAUACAUACAAAAAUAAAGACCGAAAAUCGAAAACAAAAUACAUAGAAACAGAGCAACAGCAACGGAGAAAAAAAUAAAUUUGAAAACAAGCACUCAAGCAAAACAGAAAUAGUUGAUCUGCACGAAUAUAGAUGAACCAUUUUAGAUGCGAGGAGCCGAAUUGAUUUUCUAAACUCGGUAUCGAGGAAUUAGCACACCGAAGUACAUCGCAAAGCUGACGGGGUGGUUUGCUGUACGACGGCUUAUAACCAACUUGUAUAAUUAGAUAAAUAUGUAAAUUAAGUUAAAAUCAAGCGACAGAAUGACAAAUUACGGAGCAAUCGAUAUCCCAUGAAAAGCAUUUACGAACCGAUGGGAUUCCCCCUAUCGAACCAUUUAUUUCACUUUCUCGCCCUCUCUCCUAUCGCAUACAACUUUCAGCUAAAACUGAAUAACCGAGCAGCUUGAACAAAAGGUGCCAUCAAAGAGGAAAUAACCCAUUAGCCAGAGAAGUGAAAGUCGAAUGAAUUGAAGACGAGAAAGAAUAAUUCAUAUACAUAGACACAAAUCCAAAGGAACACUUUAUAAUCAUCGGUCCAGGGCUAGCGAUAAAUGUACAGUUUAGAAAAAUGUGCGCUUAAAUGUGAUGUAAUAUCCAUUAUUUAUGAAUCGCAACAAUUAACUACGUCAUGACCAAGUGUGAGGUGCAAAAAUGCACCUGCAUAGGCUGAGUAUCCAGCAAGAAUACACAUUAACCCUGGAGGCUAUUACGCAGGCAGUACUAAUUUUAAUUUUGGGAGUCGCCAUCAUCACAUCUAAUGCACUUAUUAUAGCGACGAUAAUUAAUUUCCGAGGUCCAACUGAAGUGAUCAACUGUUAUCUGCUGUCGCUCGCUUGCGUCGAUCUACUAUGUGGAUUGGUGAUAGUCCCGUUAUCAGUCUAUCCGGCUCUGAAUGGUAGCUGGAUAUACGGCGAAUUAGCAUGCAGAUUUGUUGGAUAUCUCGAAGUGACCUUAUGGUCAAUAACGGUAUACACAUUUAUGUGGAUAUCAGUUGAUCGUUAUCUUGCUGUCCGGAAGCCGUUGCGCUAUGAGACGGUUCAAACGAAAACACGAUGUCAGUGUUGGAUGGCGUUUACGUGGAUCUCAUCGGCAAUGCUGUGCUGUCCGCCGCUGCUCGGCUACAGCGAACCCAUUUUCGAUAAAGAGGCCUACAUAUGUAAGCUCGAUUGGGGCAAUAUGGCGGCGUACAGUGCCACAUUAGCCAUACUAGUGCUAGGGCCGAGCGUUAUAUCAAUCGUUCAUAAUUACGGUUAUAUAUUUAUUAUGAUGCGACGCUUGAAAUCUGGUGCUCCGAUCCAUGACAAAGAGUAUGCAACCGCAUUGGCUGAAAAUCUAGCAAAUCCGAGUCAUUUGAUGUCGUUCGCGUUAGUUUUUUCGUUUUGGGUAUCGUGGGCACCAUUCAUCACCGUUCGCAUAUACGAGCUCAUAUUCGACACACCAAUCGAUAUUCCAAUGUUGCACUUUGCCAUCGUAUGGCUGGGCGUAAUGAAUUCAUUUUGGAAAAUUCUAAUUAUGAUGAGCAUGUCGCCGCAAUUUCGUUUGCACUUACGCGUAUUUUGCCUCACCAUUUGCUGUAAGACGAAGGGACGACUGCAGGCCGAGUUGAUUGGACUCGAUCCCGACGAUUAAUUGUCGUUAAACACACACACACACACACAAACUUAUACGAAGUUACGUAUAUGUAUGCCUGAACCGAAUUUCGAAUUAUUUACCGAAACAAUGUAACAUGCGAAACAAAGAGAAAACAAAGUGGAAAUAAAAGUGAAAUAUAAACAGAAAAAAAAGGCACGAAAUCAGAUACGCAGCAAUGACACAUAUGCUAAUAUUUCCGAGAAAAUAAUGAACAAUCAAAAAGAGAAAAACACACGAAAAUCCAAGAAAAACCAAACGACAAAAAAGGAGCGGUCAAAUGAAAAUUCGAACAUAUGCAUAAACAAACGAAUGCUUUUCAGCAUCAAAGACAGUCAAACGCAAACAAACAGCUGGCCAAACAGAAUUUCCAUGGAAUAUUUUUCUUUUGAAGAGAAAAUGAACGAAAAAAAAAACAGCAACAGUAACAAACGAGAGGCUCGGACACAAAGAUACAACGUCAACAACAAAUGAAUUAAGGCUAGAUUUAUGUGUGUUUGUUUUAUUUUUCCUCUUAAUUUUCGUUUUCGAGUAAUCAAUCAAGCAUUUGACUGAAUCUUUCGAAUUAGAAUAUUUUUUAGGCUUUGCGAUUAAAAGAAGCAAACAGCAUCUAAGUUAAUUUAAACACAUAUAUAUUCUAAAUGAUAAAAUGAAGACAAACCAAAAACACACGCGUUAACGAUAUUCAACCAAAUAACAAAUAAACAAGUAACAUUCAAAGAAAUGAAAUUAAAGCUUCAACUGAGAAGUGAAAUGCUACUGACAAUUUUGUGAAUCAGCAAAUACAGGAAUAGUCUAAUUGAACAGUGAGUGAACACACCUACAAAUUAGGUACUGAUAAACAUUUCAACUUAGUUCCACUAUUUGCUGUCCCGUGUUACACUUCGAAAUCGUAUUUAAAACAAAAACACAAGAACGAACCAAAAACAACAACAAAGAAAAACCAAAUCAAUCGUUUCGUUUUAUGUUCAGCAAAAUAAAUCCAUUGUGUGAACACAAAUUGUGAACGUUUUUUUGCGAAAGCCGAGCAAAUGCAUCCCAAAAAAAAACGAAAAUCAAUCAGCCAACGUACAAGAUGCGAUUGGUGAAAAGUAGAAAAUCGAUUUCGAUAUUGGUAAGAAUGCGCGCAGAUCAAUUCAGUAAUAAUUCAAGCACUAACACACACGCAAACUAAAUACGCAGAAUACGCAUUAUUUUUUCUGUUCUGUUUUGGUAUUUUAGUUUCGCUUUCUUAUUGUGUUAAUAAAAGACUGACAACGAUGCAAACUAAUUAGAAUGUAAUUAAAGAAAAACAAAUCUAAAACAAAAACCAUGGACAGAGAUUAGUAAUUGUCGAUUACAAAACGAAAAGCGUCAAAUAGCAGGCCGAAGACGGUGUUUUGGAAUGACCGUUCCAUCGAUAAUUGAACGAACAAAACGUCGAAGAAACAAAAGUGUAAAGAGAAUGAAUUCGAACGAGUUUUCAAUUGACUUUAUUCAACUAAUGCAACUAACUGAACAACAAAAACACACCAAAUCGAAAGCAUGCUUGUGUGACACAAAAAUCAUGCUUACUAUAUUGAACUCCCAUUAUUUACACCAGCUUAUUGUCACCCAUUUUACAAUUUACAUCUAGUAGCGCAAUUUUCGACGCUUUUUCUUAAAAAUAGACAGAAACAAAAACACGAUUCAAAAACCAAAUCAACGAACGAACGAACGACGGGAAACAAAACCAAAGAUAGGAGAAGAAGAAGAAAAAAAACCGAUAUGGUUGGUUGAAGUGAAAGACACUCAAAAAGCUACACAAAGAUUUAAAGUACAGUUUCAAAACUUAUUAAGGCAGAAAAAUUGUCGGUCGAAACUUUGUCACAUAUUCCUUCUCGUUUGUUUUUUGUCCGGGUUUCGAAUUCCCCAGAUAGUUUUAACGUCAAAUACUGAACUUUAAACCAGUCCGCUCUCCCUUUUUUUUCCUCCAUCGGUGUGUGUUCAACAUAAGCUGCAUUUUUUCGGUCCUUCUGCAAAGUAGAAGUGCCAGCAUGGCAAAGGGCAAGCGAAAAGUAUGCGAAGAAAAAAAAAUUGAACGAUUUUUUCACUUCCCUCCUCUAUCUCUAUCUCGUUUCUUGGUAGUUUUACAAUACUUCGCCAAUUGAAAUACAGAAAAAACAACAACAUCACAAGAAGAUGGUCAAAUGUAGUAUGCUCUGGACAUAGCAUAAAUAACCAGAGGAUAAUGAAAAAGAACCAUUCGAAAGAGAAAAAAACUGAAAAGACUAACUGGAAUAAAAUGAGCGUAAACGAAUUGAAAUCAAUUUGAAUUUCAAACGCAUUUGAAUGUGCUCAUUUUAUUGGAACUGAAUCAUUCUUCAACAACAGCAGCAAAAAGAGCACAAAGCUUGAAUGAGCUUGCAAUUCGGAAAUGACUUGCAUUUUUUGCCCCAUUCAAUAGCAACAAUGAGCAUUAUAUAAUGAAAUGAUAAACCCUCUGGUGAAAGCUAAUGUGGAACACUCGCAGUCCUGCUCCCACAGAAUAAUAACAACAGCAAAAACAGUAACAUAAAACUGCAUCUCAGUAUGAAAUUAAUAAACAAACAAACAAACAAACCAACAACAACAGCCGAACAAAGAAAAAAAUGAAAACACGAAAAAGAGCCAACAAUAAAUUUCACUUGCAAAUAUUUAAUCGUAAAUUAUAAAUAAUUAUUAUGUAAUAGACAACCUCCAUCAAGAGUGAGAUCGUAGUCAAUAAAUUAAUUUAAUCCAAAGUAACUAAAAACAAACAAAAUAAUAAGAGCAAAUUAAGAGAGCCAACGGAGCAGCUGACACAACAACAACAAAAAACACUGAUUUAAAAAAAUUAAAAAAAAAAAAAAAAAUCAAGCAUACAAUUUUGUGGACCGCAACACCACAAAUAUAACGUUGAACGAAAACUUAUGCACGCAUUACUUUUGAAUCUAGUUAAAACCAAAAAAAAAAACAAGAAAAAAAUUAAAACAAAAAAAAAAUGAAUAAAUUUUGGCCAUUCACGAGGACUGUGCAUGGUGGCGUGUGGACGCCAGAGAAAAACAACAAGAGCAUGAAAUGAACUGGAUUCGAAUUUAUUGCAAAACAACCACAACAAAAGCAGAAAAAAAAACGAAAAAAAGCGUUAACAUUUAAUUUGAAUACAAAAAAUGUGGUGCCUGCACAAGGGAGACGGUAAACAUCAUUUGGAAAAUUCGAAAUUAUCUGCUAAUUAUUAUGAUGUUUAUGAGUUUCACCCAGAGCCACACUCAUCAUUAAAUAACCAAUAAAUGACAAACAGCAACAGCUGCGACACACACAACAACAACAAAAAAAGGUGAAAUUAUUAUGCAUUGUACUGAUUUUAAAGUAAAACCAAUUGUAUAAGUUUUACACAAUAAUGCAUUUAGCAUAAACAAAUAUUUGUAAUAGUUUUUAUUUUUAUUCAUUAUCGUGACAAGCAAAUGCAAAAGACUUAAAUGUUGUUAGAAAGAAAUUUAAUUAAACACUCUGUGCUACUUUGAAAUUACAAUGGACAAAAUGAACAGCAAGAAGAAAAGGAAAGGACGAAAAAUGCUGAAAAAAUGGCAUAAACGAAAAAUGAAACGAAACGAAAAAAAAAACAAGAUAGGUAAACAUCCAUUACAUCUAUAUCUUUAUAGAGUCAACACAUGAACAGAACAAAUCGACUAUGAUAAGUGCGGCGACCAAUGAGUCACGCAUCACCAAUUAAUAAGAGUAUUCAAAUUAUCUGGGGACUUCUAUCGCACACACUCUCAUAUUUACAAAUUUUGUUUCUUUCGAUUUCGUUGUUGUUCAUUUUCAUUUUCAUUUUCAUUUCAUGUUUGUACGUUCCUUUCGUUUUCACAUUAAUUAAAACACACCAGCCCAUAGUUGUACACGCAAAUUGACGGGACUUUAUUAAUAGUUAGACAGUGUUUAAUAAACAUACACCUCAAAUAUUUGGACUGUUGAGCGUGUUUAAUCGAAUUUAAGUUUAGGAAUGUGCUUCAUCAGAAAUUCAUUUUGAAUUGGUUGGGAAUUUGCUUUGUUGUAUUGUUUUUUGUUUCUUUUCUUUUGUUGGUGAAAUGCACCAGUUCACAUACCAUUUGAACCCCAUUCAAUUGCUAUGUCAUAAUGCGACAUUCCUUUAGCCUGCAACACAAUCUAUUCGAACUAUAAGACAAGAUUAAUGUCAGACAUAAGUCAGAUGGUAGAUAAUCGUUGAGGAUGUUUUAUUAACGUUUUUUUUUACUCUGACUUCAUUUGCAAUUGCUGCCCCAUUCAAUUUUAAUGAGCAAUCAAAUGUCAUUUUCAAUAUUUUGUUCAUUUGUGGCUAAUUGUACAGCAGAAGAAACCGAAACAUGGGUGAACUUUCUUCUGAAAAUGAGUUGUCUACGAUCCAAAAUCCAAACGGCGAAUUUUCAAAAAGUUCUCGAGCAAUUGCUAAAAAAACCUUCAAACAUGUCAGCAUUAUUCAAAAUGGGUGACUCUGAUUGACAAUCACACACACACAAGCGCUCACUCACUCCCAUUCGAGACAUAUGUUUAGGUUCUGCUAGCAACAAAUGUAACUAUAAAAUUAUUUGCGCUAAAAUUUAACGACGCAACCAUAAAAGUCGACAUAAGUUGGUUUUGCAUUGUAUGGCAUUAACAUUUAGUAUUUUAGUUAUUGUUACGCUUGAUUGGCCCUUCGAUUUUCUUUUCAUUUUUUGUUGCUUUGUCAAGUGCUUCAAUGAACAGGUUUUAUAUAUUUUUUCGGUCGUUCACACAUGGUGCGAUGCACGAAAGGAAAUAAACACACAUACGAUCUUUGUUGGAUUACAAUAAAUUGGAAAACGGUGAAACAAACCGUAUGCCGUUUAAUAUUAUGCACGCAACCACCAUUUCCUACACAUAUUUUUUCGGCUUAACGUUUGAUGUGCUUUUGAGUGUGUAGAUUUUUUUGUUCGGGUUCUCAAAAUGUAUCAUACAUUAAACUAUUGAUUCAAUGUUCCUUAUGAGCUGCUUUUCGAUUUAUCAGCACGCAAACAUACACGCACGGAGACACCAUAUGAUGCAGCCUCUCAAACACUCUCGAAACCAGAGAAAGAAAAGAGCGAUAAGCGGUGGUUGUCAUAAAUCAAUUAUUCGAUAUUCGUUUCCGCGAGAAAACGUUCAAGAAUAUGUAUAUAAAUUUAUAUAUAUCCAUGUGAAUUCAAUUUGUGUUUGUGUGUGUUUUUAUGGAUCGUUGAUGCGAUAGUAUAGCGUCAGCAACAAUCACCCGGAUAGUAGCCGAAGUGGCUGUAUGUUCCUUUUUUUUGGUUCAAGAAUAAGAGGAUGUCUGAGAAUACGUUCAAAGGAAAGGAAAGAAAAAGUAGAUGACUCAAUGGUGCUUUGUUCAAUGAACAGGAUCGCCACAACAAUGCCGAAUAAGUAAAAUGCUCUCAUGUAUUUUCAUGUACAUUUUCAUGGUUAGUGGCACGAAAAAAGAAAUCAGAAAAUCACGAUUACUUCAUCGGUAAAUGAAAUUCCACGGCGCCAACUGAGUAUGUGUGUAUUGUAAAUGCGUGUUUAUGGAAAUGAACUACGAAAAAGAAAGAAAGAAACAACAUUAUAGAAGGAAAUUCCCUUCGCAUGCGAGAAUUCAAUGAGGGGGCUUCUAUUUUUCGGUUUUUUUUCUUCGUUGGACAUCUCUCACAAUAAUAGAACAUAAUUAAAUGGAGUAUUUUUGCACAUGGAUAUUUCACUCUUAAUUUGUUCGAUAUACACUAUUUUUCUACUUCGACACACUCACACACCGAAGGCCGAAUCCAAAGACGAAAAAUUUCAGUUUUAUUUCAUUUUAUGCAAACGUCAAUUAGUCACGACUCAUGAUGGUUAUCUGCAUUUCAUUGAGAAAUACAUAUAAUUCUAUGUCAAAGUCACAGGUGAAAUUGACUGUUGUACAUACAGAGAAAUAAAAGGAUUAGGAAUUAUAUAGCCUGGAUGCUGCUUCAUUGAAAUGCAGAUAACUUGUACAAAACGUGCAGCUUUUGUCACGUUUUUCCAAUUUUUAUGAUUUAAAGCAAAACAUUCAUUUGGCGUGGAUAUAUAUAAAAUGCAAAUAGUCUGUGCAUGUACAUACGCUGCGUGAAUAACACCGUAUUCAAUGAAGGAUGUGAACAACUAAAAGUGAACACACACACAAACACAAACACACACCUUAAAAAAAUAUAUAUUGCUAAACUUAGAAUAAAGAGACAAAACUAAAAAUGAAGUAAUAAACAAAUUGUAUAAUUAUAUGUGAGUUUCCACAGGGCCUAUAAAUCCAAACACACCAUAAAUCCAACAUUUAUAAUGUUAGGAUUGAACGAAGCCAUAAGCAUUUAAGUAAUUGGAUUUUCAGUUAGAUUUUUUUUUCCUUUGUGUGACACACACACACUUCGUUGUCUUUGGUCUCGUUGAAAAACCAGAACCAAAAAAUUCAUUUUUUGUUCUUAAACAAUCUACAACUAUACAAAUCGAUAGAUAAAUUCCAACUUCAUUUUCAAUUUUUCGAUUGUGAGAACAUUUAAGCAAAAAAAAAAACGAAUAUUGGGGCAAACCAAAAGAACAACCGAGAAAAAAACACAAAAUUAUUAACUUCUCUAAGAGUUAAGUAGUUAUUAGAUAUGAAUGUGAUGAAGGUAUUUUUUUUUGUCGAUAUAAGUAAAUUUUAAAAAAAACAUGCGUAGCACACAAUUUCUCAUUAUAAUUCAAACAUUUUCCAAAAAUAUAAUCCGAAUCGAUGAUGAUGAGAAUUCGAUAGCUACAACUGAACGCAUGAAAGACAAAAUUGAUUUUUUUAUUUUUUUUCUCGCUGUGAAUAUCGAUCGGGUCCCGCAACUCGCACGGAUCUGAUUCCAUUUCAAACAUUCAUCAACACAUUUAAUCGACGAAAUUCUUCGUUUUUCUUUUCUGCCAUGAAGUUAUUGAUAUUUGAUAAUUUCAAACACACGCAAACACAAUAUAAAAAUGGUAGUGAUUGUAAAACAAAGUCAAAUGCAUGCUAUCAAUAAAUCUUCUUUCACAACUACUUAUGCCGUAAAUUUACAUUUGGCCAUUUUGGUGUUUGACCAUUAAAGAUGACACAGACGCAUUCAAAACACAAUCGCCGUCAGUAAAUAAUCAAUGAAAAAUGAUUCAGUACCAUUUUGAAUCGAAUUAUUGACUCUGCUUAUUUUCACAAUUUCGUCUUACAUCUAAUGGACAGAAUAACCAAUUGAUUGAAGCCGCCAAAAAUAUAAAUAAAUUCGCUAAUUUAUAUGUAUUACUCUAAUGUAUUUUUAAACAGAAUAAAAACCAUUUUCAAUGUCUAUUUACUAUUAUGUACGCUCGUAUUCGCCUAACUGUUAGUUAAAAACUUAAAAAAAACACUCACACACACAUAUAUAUAUAUAUGAAGUGACGUCAGUGUUAUAAAUAUAUGAAGAAAAUGACUAAUAAUUUCGCGUAGAAUUUAAUUUGUAUCUUUUUAAUGGAUAACAAACGACUACAUCUAAUGCUUCGAUCGGUUUUAAACUCUCAACUUUUAACUUCUACUUAAAAAAAAGCAAAUCUAUGAACAACUAAAAAAAAAUCACCGAAAAAAAUGAAACAAAUUAAACAACAACAACAAAAAACACAAAAAAUCGAUAGAGAUCAAGUCAAAUUAAUACACACACAGAAAGAGACAGGCAAAACCAGAAUAAAGCAGAAUUAGAAAUUACACUGAUGAUGACGAUAAUGAUUGCACAUUUUAUGAACAUCAUCAUGAAUAAAUGUAAGACAAAGUGAAAAAUGAGAAUCAAUCACAGAACACGACGUAAGGAUCUGUGAUAAGAAUAAUAUACUAUAUGACAUUAAUAUAUUAUUCAAAGUAAACACCAACAAAACAAUUUAGAUAUAUGAACAAUUAUGAUUAUUUUUUAUCUUAAGUUAUCGAUAUACAACCAAUAGAAAAAUCGAGAUGUGAAAAACAAAGGCUCAUUCGUGUCAACUUGAUUUAAAGAAAAAACAAACAAACAAACCAAUUAAAUUUCCUCUUGUUACUGUCAACACACACACUUUCUGGCCCAAGCACAUUUUGACCAUCCGCUGUGGUGGAUGUGUGACCGUUUUCCUGAGCAAAUCGGACCGUUUUUUCCAAAUCAGUUAUUUCAAGACAAAAACAAAGAAUAUUUAUAGAGAAAACAACGAAAAACUCUACAUUCUGUUAAUGGCAUUCAAACUAAAUCUUGUUUCCACGACAAGACAAUCUCAACUUUUGCGGAAGUGCUUUUAAUUUCAAAAGAAAAGAGAAGAUUCGAAAGAUUUCUUUCCGUGUAUGCAACUAACGCGCUCCUUUCUACCGAACAACAUAAGAUAAUUAAUGGGCAACUUAUAGCGCAUGAUUGUAAGGACAAUUCAAGUGAAAGAUUGCAUUUUCAUUUUCACAGAGAAACAAAAGGAGCAAAUCAGACACACAGAAAAAACUUGAAACCGGCUCUAUUAAUAGUUAACUAUUAAUAGGUGCCAAUUGUUGUUCGCAUGGGUUGUUUUUAAAAUCGUCCUUAGAACAUUUUACUCGUCCUUUUUAAGACAUUUUUUACAAUCCAUAAUUAUCUUCUGCAAAAACAAGAACAGCAAAUUAAAAAUUUCUCCAUAGACAUUGUAUGGAAAUUCUCCUUUCUUCUAAUUAGGUUCCUUCUGAUUGUCGAAACAGCGACAACAACAACAACAACAACAACAACAAGAGAUCAAUGAAACACUAACAAAACAUUUGGUUUUUGUUUUCAUUUUUGAAAUAAAACCAAUUACGAGUAGAUUUAAAGAGAUAAAUAAACAAAUGGAGAAACAAUGGACAAUUAGAAAAUAUGCAUUUAAACAAAAUCAUACAUAAUAAAAUGAGCUUAAUCAUUUUUCUAGUGUAUAAAAUUAUAUUUGACAAAUACGGGAAAUGUGAAACCAGACAAAGCUAAAAGUUGAAAUUUGUCUUUGUUGUGAAUAAACCAAACUGACAGAGAAGGAAAGGACAACAACAACAUAGAACAAAAGAACCGCGAGACAAACGGAAUGUUAGAAAAGAUUUAUUGAUAUUUUCAAACCGAUAUAUAAUGCAAUCGCAUAAGCACUAAUGUGUUUUUUUAGAGACAAACCAAGCAUAAACAAAUGAAAUUAAUAAAUUUAUUCGAUAAUAUUCGACGGUGAUGAAACUAUACAAUUUACGCCAAGAAACAUUAUUUACAUAGGCAAUGCAAUUCAAUUCAUUUAAUAUUUAAUUUGGAUUUACUUACACUACUUUAAUACGCUCUCGUGUAUUUAAAUUAAGAGGAAAUAACAAGAAAAACAACAAGAACAACAACAGCAACAAAAGUGAAUCACAUCAACCAAAGAAAGCGUUUUAGUCAUAAUAAAAUAGUUUCGAUCGAAUCGAACAACCGCAUCAACACCUCAAUUGGAUCACAGACCUCUAAAAACCACCACCAUUCCCAAAAACCCCAGUCAAACACUCAGUCAGACAGACAAAACGAACAAAGCAACAAUUUAAAACCAAUUUCACAUAUUGAAAUGUAGGCAAUAGCUAAAUGCAUUUUCAUGAAGUAGUCAUAUUUGUGACCGCUAGCGGAUCUUCAUGUACAGUAAUAAAACUAUUAUAGAGUAAAUAUUAUCCAACAGUUUGAAUUUAAAUGUGAAAGAAAACAAAAAUUUAACAAAAAAAAACCAACAAGUAUUUAAAAACAAAAAAACUAAUUACUUAUUUAAACCAAUACAAAAAAAACAUGAAAAUUUCGUCUGCAAAACUGUACUAAACAAUCCAAGUAAGCAAAUCUUAGCAAAUUUGGUUGUAAUUGUAUUGUAACCACCAAAGAGAAAGUUAUACAACACUAUCACAACAACAACUAAAAAACAACAUAAAAAAAGGUACCUAUAGAUUUGCAUCGUAGAUGAAUUUCAUCUAUGUGCAAACACAAAAUGAGUCGUGUAUUAUAUUUAUUAUUUAAAAUAAAAUGAAAAAUAACGAAAUACAAUUGAAAAUAAUUACAAAAAAAAGGUUAAAAAAAAACAGACACAGAUUUGUAGACACGCUUUCGAAAUGACUUGAAUAAAAAUUUAAAAAACAGA